CGUGCUUCCUUUUAUGUGUCUGCGUGUAGCUUACAUGUAUGCGUGUGCGUGUGCGUGCGUGCGGGUGGGGCGGGUUGUCUGCACGUCCUAACGCUACUGCGAUGCUCUGGGUACCUACCUGCGGUCUUUCUUUCCCUGACUUGUCCAAGGCCUGCCUGACACACAUGAGUGAGUGAAUGAGUGAGUGGAGCAGACACCUUCUAGUGUAGGGACAUAGAGCAUGUUGGUGCAUGCGGGACCAUACAGACACCAGAGAACAUUGCUUACAAAGAGAGAAUUUCAAUCAUGAACUCCACGAAUUACGGCCCCCAUGCACAGCAGGCGGCCCCCAUACACAGCAGGAAGGACAGCACAUUCAUGGAGUCAGUCGUGUCUGAAUCAUAUGUUUGUAUGUAUAGCACCACACCGGGUCAUCCAUCCAUCCAUCCGCCCAUCCAUACGUCUCUCUGUCUGCACAUAAUGGACGCAUGGAUGGGAGGCUACGCUAGGACAAAGUCAGUCCGGCACUGCCAAGCAGGGAUUCAGGCUACAACGGUGCUACCAUCCUAUGGGUGGUAAUUCACUCGACCUCGGCCGCAGCAGCGGCCGCCUGUUCUUCUGUAUGCGGCUGGUCCAUGACCUCGUCGUCGUCGUCCAAGUAGAUGCUCUCGGCCUUAACACACUCACACAUACAUUACUCGAACACGCCAUCAAGUGCCUGACUGCCUGCCGUAGUUGUGCGUCCGUCGUACCGGCUGCCAGAUCUGUAGUAUGUUGUCUUCGGCCACAGACGCUACCACCUGCACACACAUCGACCGACGGAGAGAAAGGUGGGUGUGUCUGUCUGUUGCAAGCACAACCGCUUCCUUGGCCGGCCGGCCACCCCUCGCCCACUUACCCAUUCGCACCCCUCGUUGGGGUUCCAGCUGAAAUCAGACACCUUGGACGUGUGACCGCCAUGCACAAACUGAUACACACACACAGACAGACAGACACACUUCUCCUCUACUGUCCUUCACACACUCGUGUGUGUGUGUGUGUGUACGAGCAGCUCCGGUGGGCCGUCCUCCGCGUCUUGCUGGCUCUGCUCCUCCCCUGAUCACCCACGUGAAACCAAACAACAAACCGAGCAUACAUACCCCCACAAAGCAAAUCCAGUGCGACCUGGCCAAGCUAUGUCAUGUCAUGUUGGUGCCUGCGUCCUGCCUGCCUGCCUUACUUACUUACUUACCGAUUCGGCUGAGGUCCCAGAUGUUGACACGCCGAUCGGCAGAGGCUGAUGGACAGACAGACAGUCAGACUUACACGUGUAUGGCUGGCUCAUUGCAUUCAUUGUGUGCACUGCACUGCCCUCGGUUGGUUAGUUACCUGAUCCUAGGAUGGUCUCAUUGAAGGGUGCAAAGUGGACGCGGAGAAUCUGACAGCCAAUACAGUACAUACAAGCCACACGCACGCACGCACAAUGCAGGCAGGACAGGAUGUGCUGUGAUAUAUGCUCUUACGUCUCCUCGAUGGCUCUCCAUGGUGUGCAGUCGAUUGGCCAACUUCCGCAUGUCCCAAAUGUUCACCUUCUGCAAACAAAAUGACAUAGCCAGGCAGGCGCCAGCCGACACACACCGAUAUAUCGACACAGCAGGCCAUGGGAUGGGAAGCGGUGUGUAUGUGAUGUGUAUGUUGGCGUAUAUACGUGGUCGGUGCCUCCCGUGGCGAUGAGAAAUGGGCUGUAUGCGUUGAACGUCAGCGAGUUGACCUCACCCUGGUGCGCCUCUACCUGAUUGAUAUAUUGACCACACACACACAGACAGACAGACAGACAGGUCGAUCGGCCUUGGUGCAGUGGGUGAGUGGGUACCACGUGAGCGGGCUUCUCCUUGUUGUCGGUCCGCAUGUCCCAACUGAUAAAUGGAUGGAUGGAUGGACACAGACGGGCAGACACAUGAAGACUGAGUCUGGUUGGUUGCGGCUCGUGUGCAUAUGUGCGUGUGUGUCUAUGUAUGUCUGUAUGUGGGUGGGUGGGUACAUCAUGAGUUUCUUGUCGUCGGAGCAGCUCCCAAACAGGUGCUCAUUCGCAUGGCUCCACGCCACGUCCUGAAACAUCCAUCCAUCCACAUGUCCUACUGUCACCCUGCUCGCCUGCCGGCCUUUCUGUCUGCAUGGCUGACCUCUACAGCAUUGGCAUGGCCCGUGAAGGUCGCCACUGGCUCACACACACCUGGACGGAUGAAUGAAUGAGCAUACACACCGCACAAGGAAGGACACCCAGACAGGCGCGUCAGCAUCCAUCCCAUCCAUUCCAGAGUGUGUUGUGUUGUGUUGUGUUGUGCUGUGUGGCUUGCUGACUGACCUGCAGCCGGACCAGCGCCACUAGCGUUGCCCCCACUGGCCGCUGCGGCGCUUGCAGCAGUCCCGCCGCCCUCGACGUCCCACACGCAGAUGCGGGCAUCCUCAGCACCAGACAACAGGUAGCCCUUGCGGAACGGAUUCCACGCCAAUCCCCAACUGAUGUAUGCACAAGUCAAGUGAGUGAGCCAUCCAUCAGAUAAGUUGCCUUGCCCGUCUGUCCGUGUGUGUGUCCGCCCGGCUCAUGUGACGUGACUGACCCCUCCUUGCGGUGGCCUUUGAGAGUCUUCUGGGGGCACACAGUAUCUGCUCACACAGGAGAGGGACAGGACUGGGUGUGCUGCCCUUGCUGCGCGUGUGCGAUGCGAUGCCUUCCUUGCUUACUGUCUUUGGGUGUGCUCUGGUGCUUCGAGUAGUCAAACAGCAACACUGAAUGAACACACACAACAACACACAGCCGAAACAAUCAGUGAUCAUGUGGUGUGCGCUGCGCGUCGAAUGGCCCGUCCCGUCCCAUAGACAUAGAUAGAUGCACAGAUGCAUGCAUACAAUCAUACAUACCAUCUCCCUGUGUCGUUUUGGUUGCGAUCUUAAAGGGAUCCUGCGGCAUGUGCAACGCCCUGGAGGGAGAAGACACAUACAUACGCAACAACGACAUGACAUGACAUGACAUGCGUGGUGCUCUGUGCAUUCAUUGAUGUGUUGUGUGUUGUGUUGUGUUGUGUUGUGUUGUGUGUAUGGCUGACGUACUCACCUGUUGACUUCGCUGGGGUGGUUUAUCCGGGCGAGAAUGGUGAACUUGGGACCCUCACCAGACACACCAAACCCACCGUAGUCUGAUCGAUGGACGAAUGGAUGGAUGGGUCACAAACACACCACAGCACCCAUCCAUCCCCUGCCUGUUGUACAUCCUCCCCCUCGCUCAGGCAAAGAGUGCCGUCCGUCCGUACCUCCGUGUGUUUCAUACUUGCGCACAUCGAUCUCUGCAUCCUCCUUCGGCAAACGAACCUGAAUGAAGGCACACAGAGACCCAAAUCGUCGUCCACUGUCUGCGCCGCCCAGCCUCCCUCCCUCCCUCCCUCCCAGCGAACCUCGGACACGAGCAGGUAGUUUUGUUCAUCGCCGGCCGUGUGUGUGCCCAGCACCAUCUUCUGGAUCGUGUAGUCGGCGCCGGCGGGGCUGCCACACCACACAAGCCAAACACACCACACCACACCACAUACAUGACACGUCAGUCACGCGCACCCCGCGAGGGAGAUCUGGGUCUGUGUCUGACCUUUGUCCGCCGCCGGUGAUGCAGUCGACGGAGAGCGAGGGCCACUCGAGUGCGGUAGUGAUGACGACGUCGUAGAGGAAGGGGGUGUUCUUCUUCCAUAUCUUGUAGUCCUCGUUGAUGAGCUUCUCGUCCACCUCGUCGGGACCGUCAUCCAUCAUCAUGUCCUCCUUCUCUGCCAUUGUGGGUGACGGUGGACCCAAUCACGGGGGAAGCACAGAGAGACGCACAAACCAGAGAAACGCCUCCAGGGUCGCUUGGUUCG